ACUGUAACCUUGUUGGCCUCGGACGUUCCUGUUGUUUUGACCCUUGUACUGUACAAUGGUGAUCUCACUGGGAGGGAGGAGGAGGAGGUCUGAGCAGAUGUUAUAAGACUCCUCCGUCUUCUCAUCUCACCAUUAUUAGGAAGAUCUUCUGAGCACUGAGAGGGGCUGAGCCUGGAAAAACAGAGAAAGAUUUAACCAGACCGACAGGACAGGGAUCGAAGGGAGAUGGAGCCGAGUGUGGCGGUGUUCCUGUUGGUGGUCUCCGCUUCUCUUGCACAGGAAGACUUGGAGGGUAAAAUGUUCGUCUUCCCCAAAGAAACCGACACAGCUCAUGUCAUUCUAAGACCUACAAUUACAGAGCCAUUGCAGGAAGUCAGCGGCUGUCUACGUUCCUACAGUGAACUUUCACGCCAGUAUUCUCUCUUCUCUUUAGCUACUCCAAAAUAUAAAGAUGCUUUUCUAAUCAGGUUCCAGGCUCCAAGCACAUAUACUGUAUCCAUAAACAACGGAAGCAGUGUUUUCAGGAGAGACUCAGAGCCUGCGGACUGGAGCCAUACCUGUGUGACCUUGGACUCGAAAACUGGGGUGGUCAAUCUUUGGGCCAAUGGGAAGAUCUCCACCAGAGGGUUUACCAGGAGAGAGGAUUCUAUCGAAGCUGAAACCAACAUUGUUCUGGGGCAGGAACAAGAUUCUUCUGGUGGAGGGUUCGAUACUUCUCGGGCAUUGGUUGGGGAAAUAAGUGACGUCCACAUGUGGGAUUAUGUCCUGACUCCGGAAGACAUCCAGAAGGUCCUCUCUGGUGAUCUCCAUGGAAAUGUCAUUAAUUGGAAGUCUCUACUCUACGAAAUGAAAGGAGACGUUCUUCUCCAACCUAAAAAUUUGCACAUGGAGGGCAAAAUCUUCGUCUUCCCCCGUGAAACCAAACCAUCUCAUGUCCUUCUGAAGUCUACAAUUACAGAGCCAUUGCAGAAAGCCAGCGUCUGUCUACGUUCUUAUUCGGAUCUUUCCCACCCCUAUACUCCCUUCUCUAUCGCUACUCCCGGGGCAGAAAAGGCCUUUGUAGUCAGCAUACAACCUCCACACACUUGUUCUGUAUAUAUCAACCAGGAAGUCACUCAUUUUCAGACAGACUCUGAGUCUUUGAGACACACCUGUGUGACCUGGGACUCCGACACCGGAGUGGUCCAACUUUGGGUCAAUGGGAAACUCUACCCGGAAGGAGUCUCCAUGAAAGGGUCUUCUAUCGCAGCUGAAGCCAGCAUUGUUCUGGGGCAGAAACAAAACUCUUUCAAUGCUUCUCAGUCAUUGGUUGGUGAAAUAAGUGAUGUCCACAUGUGGGAUUAUGUCCUGACUCCAGAAGACAUCAAGAAGGUUCUCUCUGGUGACCUCCAUGGAAAUGUCAUUAACUGGCUAUCUCUACACUAUGAAAUCAAAGGGGACGUUCUUGUCCAGUCUAAACACCAGAACUUGGAGGGUAAAGUCUUCGUCUUCCCCAAAGCAACCGACACAGAUCAUGUCAUUCUAAGACCUACAAUCACAAGACCAUUGAGGAAAGCCACCGUCUGUCUACGUUCCUACAGUGAGCUUUCCCGUCCCUAUACUUUGUUCUCUAUUGCUACUCCAAGAUACGCCGAUGCCUUUUUUAUCUACUUCGAGCCACCAUACACCUAUAAGGUGUUCAUAAACAGCGUAGGGGCUGCUUUUUCACCAAAAUGGAAGUCAUUUUACUGGAGGCACAUCUGUGUGACCUGGGACUCCAGCUACGAAGGGGCCUAUCUUUGGCUCAAUGGAAAGAUCUCCUCCGAAAGGGGUUCAAUAAGACAAAACAACAACUAUGCUUAUCAUAUCGAUGCUGAAAGCAGUAUUGUUCUGGGACAGGACCAGGAUUCUUUUGGUGGAGGGUUUGAUGCUUUUCAGUCAUUGGUCGGUGAAAUAAGUGACGUCCACAUGUGGGACUAUGUCCUGACCGCAGAAGACAUCCAAAAGGUCCUCUCUGGUGAUCUCCAUGGAAACGUCAUUAAUUGGAAGUCUUUACGUUUUGAAAUUAAAGGGGAAGUUCUCGUCACGCCCAAACCUCAUCACUUGGAGGGUAAAGUCUUCGUCUUCCCCAAAGAAACCGACACGGAUCAUGUCAUUCUAAGACCUACAAUUACAAGGCCAUUGCAGGAAGUCACCGUCUGUCUACGUUCUUAUACCGAUCUUUCCCGCCCCUAUACUCCCUUCUCUCUCGCUACUCCUGAGAAGGACAAUGCCUUUCUCAUCUACUUACAGCCUCCAAACACUUGUUCUGUAUAUAUCAACCAGGAAGUCACAAAUUUUAAGACAGACGUUGAGUUUUUGAACUGGAGGCACAUCUGUGUGACCUGGGACUCCGACACCGGAGUGGUCCAACUUUGGGUCAACGGGAAACUCUACCCCAGAAAAGUCUCCAUGAAAGGGUCUUCUAUCGCAGCUGAGAACAGCAUUGUUCUAGGACAGGAACAAGACUCUUUUGGUGGAAAGUUUGAUGAGAAACAGUCAUUGGUCGGUGAAAUAAGUGACGUCCACAUGUGGGAUUAUGUCCUGACUCAGGAAGACAUCCAGAAGGUCCUCUCUGGUGAUCUCCAUGGAAACGUCAUUAAUUGGAAGAGCUUGCGCUGUGAAAUUAAAGGGGAGGUUCACGUCAAGCCCGAACCUCAACGCUUGGAGGAUAAAGUCUUUGUCUUUCCCAAAGAAACCAACACAACUCAUGUCAUUCUAAGACCUACAAUUACAGAACCAUUGCAGAAAGUCAGCGUCUGUCUACGUUCUUAUACCGAUCUUUCCCGCCCCUAUGCUCUCUUCUCCCUCGCUACUCCCGGGAAGGACAGCGCCUUUGUGAUCUACUUCCAGCCUCCAAACACUUGUUCCGUAUAUAUCAACCAGGAACUCACUAGUUUUAGGACAGACUCAGAGUCUUUGGCCUGGAGGCACAUCUGUGUGACCUGGGACUCCGAAACUGGAGUGGUCCAACUUUGGGUCAAUGGGAAACUCUACCCCAGAAGAGUCUCCAUGAAAGGGUCUUCUAUCGCAGCUGAGACCAGCAUUGUUCUGGGACAGGAACAAGAUUCUUUUGGUGGAAAGUUUGACGAGAAACAGUCAUUGGUCGGUGAAAUAAGUGACGUCCACAUGUGGGAUUAUGUCCUGACUUCAGAAGACUUCAUCAAAGUCAUCUAUGGCAGACACAAUGGGAAUGUCAUUAAUUGGAUAUCUCUAUACAGUGAGAUCAAAGGGGAAGUUCUUGUGCAGCCCAAAUUUCCGUGAAAGCCAAUGAGCUCAUCAUAUACACACAGAUACCCCAACUGCUGAUUCUGAAUUACAGUGAUAAUGAUGAUUUAUUUGUCACCCCCAUAAAUAAUAAAGGUUGACAAUGAUAAGUUUAGAUCAAAUAAUUAAUUAAUCAAUGAUCUUAUAGUGUAAAACACGUGAAAAUUGUAAACAGGAUUCUAAAUCAUUGGAGUUUAUAUUUUCUCAAUGGUAACAUAAUAGUCUUGGUCGUAUAAUCUUAUAAUCAAUAUUAACAUAAACUAUCUAAAAUAAAAUCUAUAGAGAAGCAA